AUGGAGCCUUGCUGCGAGCCAUUGAAAUGGACCCAGCCCCUGCAGCUGCCACGCGCGGGCUCAGGGGAAGACUUUCUGUGGUCUCAACCGGGCAGUUUCCAAGAUCGGGAGGUUUAUGGCCAUUCCGCCUCAGUGGUGCGCAACACCGUGUGGGUCCUGGGUGGCAAAAACCAAGCUGGCAAACGCAUCAGCGUGUCUCUAAGCAGAAGUUCAACGGCUGCCAUGGGCUGCCAGUGGCCAGUGUUGGAGUGCUGA